AAGGCCAGUGCCACGGCUGAGAUGAGCUACUGGUACGACAGCCCCAUGUUUGAGGAUUUCUUCGAGGGGAUGGAGGCCGGGAGUCGGCUGGGAAUGGACUACACAUACGGGGACAGUGCAGUGCUGGCCAGUGGAGACAACAUGAAGUCUCCAACUGUAGAUAGUCGGACAAACUGGAGCCAAGAAAGUGCCACUGGUAGAGAAGAGAAGCUCCUGUAUGAUCAGCUAUGCUGCGUAGACUGUAUGCAGAACAGGCAAGCUUUUGAAGGGGAAAAAGGCUGUGAAGUAGAAGGGGACCAAAUGUUUCGGAGACGGUCGGGGACAAUUGUUGAAAAGUGUGACAGAGAACAUUCACAAAGUGCCAAAGAACAGAGAACUGAUCAUGGAAAUUCUAUAGAACAUUGCCAGAAUGCUGCUAUCAGAACUACAUCACAUCCAGACAUUAGUGUAUCAUUAGAGGACUGCCAUAGAUCUAUGCAACACACAGAGUCUCAUGCAGAAAAACAGUCUAAAAACUCUCCAAAUAGAACAGAAGAUGACAACCUGUCAGAGUCUUCAGGCUCAUUGGAAGAUAUAACAGAAGCAGAGUUUGAAGACAGGUACGGCUCAAAAAUCGCGCCCAUCUGGGGCAGAGAGACACCUGGGUCAGAGAGUGGCAGUAUUAUAGACACGAGCCACCUCGGUGACAGAAGCUUGUUCUCUCCCGUGUCAGACAGAGGAGAUUCCUCGGACGCUAAACUUCACAUCUGGAGAAACAGACCCAGAUUAGGGUUCCUGAGUGAACGGGCGUCCCCAGUAGCAAAAGACUCGAGCUCCUACAAGGACGGGAAUGCUACGUUCCCUCGUGACGUCUUCACCUACGAAGACGCAAAGGAGUCAGAACGCCCCCUGUUGGAGAACACAAACCCUGCAGAUAGUGAUGUGUUUGUUGUUGCCAGCUGUGCAGAUUGCCAGCAGAAGCAGGGUGGGCUUGAGGACGACAGCCCAGAGUUUGGGGCAGUAGGUAAUGAGAGGCAGUUCUGCUUUGAUGAGGAGACAACUGAGAAGAUGAACAGUACAUUCCCGGUAGGACGAUGGUUGCACAGGAAGCGUGUGCGUCGGCGCUCCAGCGACAGUUACCUGUACACAGGGCGCGAGUCUCCCCAAGUCCGAAAACUGUCCACAAAUAUCCCGAUGAUCGGGGACAACCCCCAGCAGGCAGAGCAACACUUCAGCCCGUGGCUGGAGAGUUCCAGGAUCGAGAAAUGCGAAGACGACUUCAGUGGCUAUUUCUCAGACUCAGGGUAUCCUUGCCCCAACGACCUGAGUUUCCUGCAAGUUGGCAGCCAUUUCAUCACAGGUGGGCUGUACGGACAGAUCAACAUGGCGGGACAGAGGGAGGUGUGGGAAACACCAGACACGGGAUCCUUCACUCCCACGUCUGCUCCGUCCCCGAUUUUCUCGGAUGCCUCGAGUCACAGUAGGUCAAGGUUCAGUUUCGCUCAAGGUAGCGACGUGAGCAAGGAUGACUCUACUGAUCUGCACUCCGUGCACAGUGACAGCGAACAGUUUGCAGAUAGUGUGGUUCUCUCCAGUAUCUGCACAGAGUUCUACAAGCAGAAUGUCGGGGAGGAAGAUCCCUACAAGUAUGCAGAGUACGGCCCACAGAACAUCACUGAGUCCUGUCCAGCCUUCCCUGUGGAAACUGUGCAAGAUGAAGCCGCAGCUGCCCCCCAGUCAGGUGCUCCUGUCAGUAAACUGGAGUACCACAAGGGGGAAAGCUGUUUCACAGAGGUGAAACCCAAGGCGAAGCCAGAGGCAGAAGCUGUGCCAAAACAGUCCAAGUUGACUCACCCUAAGCCGAACUCAUACGGCUCGUUUGAGGACGAAGAAGACUUGUUUGUGUCAUCGCGUACACACUUCAAACCCAUAACCUCCCGGGAAACCUCCCCGGACGAGUGCUACCACUCGGACGGGACAGAAAUCCUGGAAGAAGAGGAGGACUUAGAAGAGGCUGUACCUGUGGACAGCAUCUUCAGUACUCCACCGGAGACUGUAGAGGAGAUUGUCAUGGUUCAAAGCGUGGAGGAGCCCUUACUGGCGACUGUUGAAGAACCUCUGGUCGGAGACAUCUGCGAGGACCUGCUGCCACAGCUGAGGAAACUGUCCUUUGAGAAAUCGUCCCAGACCAGCGUUAACGACAUGGGAGGUGUGGAGGAUGGCUCGGACUUCUCCCCCAUUCUGGACGUGCUGGUGCUCGGCCAGGGGGAGAGGACGUCCCCCGACGGGAGGGAGUCGUUUGACGAGGAUAAGGAUGUCGGCACGGAGAAGGACCAGCUGCCACCGCCUCCGCCUAACCUGUGGGAGAAUAUUCCCCUGAACACUGAGGAUACACCCCAGUCUAGCCAGGGGAUGCUGUCUGUAGAGAUCUCUGGUACAUGGAUGGCUGCAGCCAAGCCUUGGAGCACAGAGGUCGAUGACCCACAGGAGCUGGGAUCUCUCGAUCCUUUUGGAGAAGCCAUAGGAGGGCUGCUGCUGGACGUGGCCUCACCCCACUCAACCUUUUCUUUUCCUGACAUCGACGCCUCAGAUCCCGAGGAUGUCCUCCCCCUGCCAUUGCCUGUAGGCGAGGAGCGAAGCACCCGUCUGUAUGAGAGAGGUUGCUGCCAACAGGGAACCAUCUGAUGGAAGCUGCCACCCUAUUGGUCCAAUUGCCACUGAACUGUGGCAAUACUGACCAAUCAGGUAGUGGAGUACAGAACACACAUGGAUGCUGGGCAAGAUUGUGAAUGAUGUUGAUAUGUGUGCAGCAACUCCAUUGGUGCGUUACGUUGCAAAUAGCCAAUCACAUCAUGAUUUGUCAAUGGCUAGGCCAAAAGGAGACAAGCUAACUGGGGAGCUGAGGCAUUUUUCUGGUAGUAUUUUGCACUAAGCUUUAGAUCCUGUGUAAGUUGUAGGAUGUACAUUUGGUAAGCAAAGACAUAGUAGGUAUGGUAAGACUUAAAUAUGUAUGUAUUACUCACUAGAUUUGUGCUCUCUCACAUAUGUUUGCAAGUAAGUAGCACACAAAGUUGUACCAAAACUGUAAAAUGUCUGCAAGGGGAGACACCAGUGCCUUCUAAAUUCUAAACAGACAACAGUUGAGACUGCAUUUGACUGGAAACUUUCACAGAGAUAUGAAUAUGAGGUUUUCAAAGGUAUAGAUAAAUAAAUGCCUGAAACAAAGUAUUAUUGAGUAUUCCCUCAGCUCAGUAUUCACUUCCUUUGCAGACAUUUUGCCCAAAAAGUGACGAGCUAAUUUCUAAGGUCACUCAUUGGAAGUAAGAUUCACCGCUCAUCAUGUCAGAUGGGACAGAAGAUGUACAUGUAUUAUUAUAAAAAGCAAAAGAGAAUUAAAAAUAUUGACAGUGAUACCGUUAGAAAGUUGUGAGAACUGUAACACACGUAGCACAGGGGAUAAGUCCCUUAGAUAUAUUUACCUGUUGAAGCAGUAGCAAAAUAGCAGCUGUUAGGUUACUAUUAGUAGAGCUGCCAAAAAAAGAAAUCAGGGUGAAGGUGUGUUGGUUUUCAUGUGUUAGUGUUCCAUUGCAGUACAUGUGAUAGUAUCUACACAUGUAUGUUGUAUCAGAAUAGAUGUAGAAGCAUUCAUUCCCCGGUCGGUGAACUGAGGAUGAAAUGUUUCCAUGUGUAUAUAUGGGUACAACGUGGACAAACACAUCAUAGUCUCUAGCUUCAAGAUGAUAUUGUUCAAGCUCCCGUACAUUUGUUUCGAAGGGUAUGCUUGGUGAGAAUGAACGAGCUGGUUCAUUUAUGAGAAUAUUUAUUGACAGAUACAGAAAAUAAACAACAAUUGAGGUACAAAUGUAUACAUGUACCUUGCCCUGAUUUGUGGCCCCAAAAAUGUUACCAUGUAAUACAAGAUUCAUUGUUUUGUGUAUGCAUGUUACCAGUUGGUAAAUCUUGUAAAAAAAAAAACAUGGUUAAAGGGAUAGAAUUACCAACUUCUUCAAGUUGACAGUCUUAUCUUCCCGUAUACUAUGGAAUUUCCGAAUGGAAAGCAUAAAAUGGUAACAAAAAUUGUACCUAUCAGUGUAACAUCUGCCCUGUUGGGCCAGGUGUUUAAUGAAGCUAGGUUUCCACAUGUGUGGAACUUGCCAAGCUGACAAAAAAUGUCACAAAAAUGUCACUAAAACAGUACAGCUAACAGCUCCAUGGGUUGGUGAAAGUGUGAAUCAUGUUGUGCUUCACUGAAGUGUUUUUAUGUGGCUGUGACAACUUGUUCUAUUGUCAAUGUGCAAUAUGUGUUGAUAUGAUUCCUAUAUGCUAUUUAUUACUAUUAUUUAUUCGAAAUCACAGAUCCACCAAUACUGUUGAAAUUCACAGAAGGCAAUUUAGUACAGUAGCUUUGUGACCUUAUUGCAAAAUAGUCUUGCAACCAACAUCAAUUAGAAAGUGUGCAUCCUUAUAGUUUGUAUUGUUAAGAGCACAUUUGCAUGAAAGUGAGACAACUGUAGUUUGUAAGGGUAUACAUACAUGUGGUUGCCUAUGUGAGUUUGGCAGUGUUAUCUAUGUAAGAUAUCUCCACACUAUAAUUGUUGAUUUGUCUCCUAAGAAUUGUUACCUUUGACUUGUCACUGAAAGUGAGGAUGAAAACCUCACAGUAGCAUAAGAAUACACUUUUGUAACUUCCUUGCUUGUGUGACACAUGUAAUUUGUGGCCAUUGUUGUGUGUCGGUGGAUGCAAAAGUAUCUCUUGCUGCACAUUUGGCCCCACAUCAACUAGUGAAGCUUCAUGUAUGUACAGGACAUGUUGCUGUAUAUGUGAAGAUGACAUGUUAGCACAUAAAUCAUAUUACAAUUCUGUGCUAUUGACAGGAAGACUCCAUAUUGUUGUGAGAUGCUGAUGUCAGUAACAAAUGUGCAGAGGGACUUCAGGCCAAACAGUGUGUUUUACUCCUGUUUGGUGUAUGUAGAUGUUCCUAAUAUACAGCUGUUCUUUCUAGACCGAACAGAAAUAGGAACAUUUAUGAUAGGACAUUAGCUCACUGGAAAACCCCCGUUUGUGUGGGAUUCAUCCAGUGUCUCCGUUUAUGUAUAAGUCAAAUAUGAUGUUCACUAAUGAUUUCUGCACAUGUAGAACCUAGGCACUAGCAGUCAGGUAGACAUGUAGACAUGUCUAACAUACCUGGCAGAGACAUUUUGUGGAUGCUUCCUCCUGACUUGUUCAGAAGUGAGAGACGUGUGUAUUCAUGUGAUCUUGCUCCUGGAAGUAGUAGAGACAUAUAUCGUAGGCUAUGGAGGGCCACCCCUCCACACUGCCAUGGUUUGUGUCACAUUACUGGUCAAUAAAGCUGCCAGAAGA